AUGGACGCAGCUCAGACAACAAUCUCUUCGCCCGUGGGCGCCGCCGCAAAUGUUGCGUCCCCUUCCACCACAGCUCCUAGCAAGCCCAAGCCCUGCUGUGUGUGCAAAGAUGAGAAGGCCAAGCGCGAUGAGUGUAUGCUCUUCUCUAAUGCAAAAGAUCCUGCCGCCGACUGCAAAUCCCUAAUCGAUCAGUACCGAUCAUGCAUGUCGGGAUUUGGAUACCAGGUGUAA